ACUCGAGUGCCCGGAACCGUGGAGACAGCGGCUUCUCCUUGGUGCCGAGGGCUUCAGGCGCUAGGGAGGCACGUCCGAGCGUGACCGGGCCAGAGCCCGGCGUGGAUUUUUCCACCAAAGCACACCAGGGGCACUGCCAUCUCCUUUGCAAUGUGGUUUGUCGUGGGUGAAAGUGUCAUUGAGGCGGAAUGCCAUCAGGGCCACAGCAGUGGGAGACCCCCACUGGGCGCCCAGUGACUCACUGGUCUAGGCAGCUUUUAGGAGUUGCUGAAGUCUUUUAACCCACAUAGUGUACUUGGAUUUUUAUUGGUUGUUUCUGAGGAUGGAACCCGGGGCCUUCCGAGUGCUAGAUAAUAAGCAUGCUACCAACCCGUCAGCUCCCUCCAAAGCACAGGUUCCUGCUAGGCCCAGGAGCCUAGCUCCCCAUUGCCGCCAUGGUCAACAUCAAUGAGCUGCCGGAGAACAUUCUACUGGAGCUGUUCACCCACAUCCCCAGCCGCCAGCUGCUGUGUAACUGCCGUCGGGUCUGCAGCCUCUGGCGAGACCUCAUCGAUGUGGUGACACUCUGGAAGCGCAAGAGCCUGCAAGAGGGCUUCAUCACCAAAGACUGGGACCAGCCUGUGGAAGACUGGAAGAUCUUCUAUUUCCUGUGCAGCCUGCAAAGGAACCUCCUUCGGAACCCAUGUGCUGAAGAGGACAUGAGAUCAUGGCGGAUAGACUCCAAUGAGGGUGAUGAGUGGAAGGUGGAGAGCCUCCCUGGGGAACAUGGCAGAAACUUUCCUGACCCCAAGGUCAAGAAGUAUUUUGUCACCUCUUACGGCAUGUGCCUCAAGUCCCAGAUGGUGGACCUCAAAGCUGAGGGCUACUGGGAGGAGCUGAUGGACACCUUCCGGCCCGACAUUGUGGUUAAGGACUGGUUCGCCCCCAGAGCAGACUGUGGCUGUACCUAUCACCUCCGGGUACAUCUGACCUCAGCUGACAACAUUGUCUUGGCGUCCUUUGAGCCCCCACCUGUGACCAUCGAACAGUGGAAUGAUGCCACGUGGAGGGAGGUCUCUCACACCUUCUCUGACUACCCUCCUGGCGUCCGACACAUCCUUUUUCAACAUGGGGGCCAGGACACCCAGUUCUGGAAAGGCUGGUAUGGCCCCCGUGUCACCAACAGCAGCAUCAUUAUCAGUCACAGGACAGCCAAGAACCCCGCCCCUGCCAGAGCACUGCCGGAAAACACCCUAGUAAUAGGAGGAAGACACCCCCCAACUUUGGCUCCAGAAACCCUAAUGGUAGACUUUCUCUGAGAGCCAUCCAUCUGUCCCCCUCUGCUGGGGUGUGCUUUGCAAAGCAAAGUCUGGCAAGAGUUUAGUGGGCAGUCAGGUCCCCAGUCCCAUGAGCCCCUGCCCGACGACCGCCAGCAAACCCAUCAACUCAGUGGUGAUUUACAGUCACAGAGCUUUGACAUUCUGUUGUAAUAAAUGUUUUCAGUAAGUCCA